GCGUAAACGCAUCACCAACCCGGACCGUACUACCGCUCGUUUAAUAGCAGAAAAGUGGUGUGCGAUUAUUGGUCACUUGUAAGAGUAUUCGGAGUUGCCCGGGAAAAUCCGGGAAAACGGAGGUUUGCUUACUUGCUAAGUUGGUUUCUCGGUCGCAAUGAAGAGUAUGCAUGUCUUCCGGUCAGUUCUGUGUCUGACGUUGUUCAGUCAGGUAUUUGGGUCAUAUUAUGGCUCCGUGCCCGGCUACGGACUAGGUGGUUACGACUACGCGCACGUCUACCAACCAAGAGGAUACGUCAAAUCAUUCAACACCGGAUUUAUCGAAGAGUUCGGCAACGAUAACCGAUAUUACAAUCGCGACCGCGGCCACGAAGCCAAAGCUUACGCCGUCAAUCAAAACACCGGAUACGGAGCCGGAAGUGGAAAGGAUUACACCAAGAAAGGCCACGCCCAUCGCGAUCUCGCGUACAACCAGAAUGCAGGCAACUAUGCUCUAACCGACAAGACGUACGGACAGAAGGGACGGGGCACGGGUGUCAACUAUUCGGCGUUGGGCGGAGGUUACCAACCCGGGUAUGCUGCUCGACCGGUGGCGUAUGCAGCGCCGGCUGGUGGCUACGCACCGCAACACGCGGGCAACUACGCUGAACAGGCGUACGCACCGCAGGCAAGAGCGGGGUAUGCCACCCAGGCGUACGCACCGCAGGCAAGAGCGGGGUAUGCCACCCAGGCGUACGCACCGCAGGCAAGAGCGGGAUAUGCUUCCCAAGGAUACGCACCGCAAGCAAGAGCGGGAUAUGCUACCCAAGCAUACGCACCGCAAGCAAGAGCAGGGUACGCCCCACAGGCGUACGCACCACCGACUAGAGCAGGGUACGCCGCACAAGGAUACGCACCUCAGGCCAGAACAGGUUACGCCAGCCAAGCGUACGCACCACAAGCAAGAGGCGGCUAUGCUACCCAAGGAUACGCGCCACAAACCUACGCGUAAGCGAGUCCACGACGGGCGCUACGUGUAUGUUUAAUGCUAAAUACCAAAUACCUGGAUAGCCAAGCUGCGAAUGUAUAGCCAGGGACUGUUAAUACGUGCUAGCGGGAUGAUAGGGCGUGUUCCUCGGAGAUUGUAGGACAUUUAGAGACUAGACUGAACAAGACUUGUUGUUAUGUUAUGUGGGGGGACCAUUGUAAUUUUUGUACACGUCACACAUCACAACUGUCAACGUACAAGUGUAAAUUGACCAUAGCACGUUUCUAUGAGAAUAUUUUUGUAAGACUAAAUUGAUAUUUUUACGCAAAAGGGUAAUUAGAAAUAGCAGUAAACACAUCCUCAAACCCUCAGGCGAUAGGAUCUUUAUUAAUUGUGGGUAAUUUGAAUUAUUUUGCACUCCAAAAUUGCUAGCUAUACGAACUAUCGCGCGCAAGGCACAACUGAUUGUGUACAACGAAAUUAUACGGUCGAAAUUGGAAGUUUAUAUUACGCAGCAAUUUAACAAUGUGGUCCAAAACAACAUUUUCGUACUAUACACGGUGUCAUGGCCAUUUUAAACGCGCUUAGUUGUAUAUAGUGCUGCCGAAAUGAUUGUUAGUGUAUCGUGAUUGUUAUUUUCGCCUGCUCUGCUAGUUUUUGUAACACAGACGCGAUCCUUAUCUGCGAAAGUGUCGCUCGUAUAGAAUUUUAAUGAUGGCGACUAUGUUAUAAGAAGUGUUAGCUUCGUUAUAAGAACGUUAUAAGAACACUAAAUAGUCAUCACGUGUCUAUUAGGAUACAAAGCACGCAGCGAAAAGUUGUUAAUAAGUAGUUUUAGUUUUAGUUUUCGUUUAUAGUUAUUUGUUGUUGAUUUUCUAUAGAUAACGUCUCUUUAUUAUUUAUUCGUAAUUUAUUCGAUUAUCAAUCGAUUAUUCAAUUCAAUUCGAUUAUCUUCGAUGAUCGCCAUUUAUUCGAUUAUCAUCGUCUCUUUCUCAUAUAACAAACUGCUAACAAAAUGAGACGGGUGGAUAUAUUAAAUACUUUGUUGGUA